AUGGCUAUACGGGUCGAUUCGUCGAAAACCCAGUCGGAGGAAUCGCAGACGGGGCGCAUAGUUGCGCAUUGCAACAGAAGCCAUCGUAAGAAACAGCGUUCCGGGGACGUUCACACUGAUACAGGGAAAGUUUCCUACACAGUCCUAGCCAAGAAACUAGGAGAUGAGCUUCGCUCUGGUCGGCCGACUGCAAUAUCGUUCGACGAGCUGAAGAAUCUGGCGGAGCAGCAUCCAUAUGAAGGUGUGCGGUAUUUUGCUGCCAGUCUUGGCUGUUCGUUAUCCAACGUGAGCAAUGAACUGCGAUUUCUCGGAAUGGUGAAAAAGCUCGGUCAAUGGCUUCCACAUGCAUUGAGCGACGGCGACCGGCAAGACUCUUGGACAUCUGUACUCAGCUGCCCUCCAGAAGCCGCAGAUUCGACGGGCUGGACACCAUUGUCACUGGAGAUGAAAAGUGAAAUCCAUGAGAAGAAGGUCAUGCUGAGCGUCUGGUGGGGAGUUCAUGAAAUCUACCGUUUCAAACUGCUGCCGGAUAGCACGAAAGUUACUGCCGAGGUCUACUUCGCUCAACUGCAGACUGGCCGACAAGAUCCGCAAGGAGCACCCGAAGCUCAACAACAAAGUUCUGGACGUGAAGUUCUAGCGCAUCCACCGAACAGCCCGGACCUGGCCCCGAGCGACUACCACCUCUUCCGAUCGCUUAAGCAUUACCUGGAAAAGAAGCACUACGAUGAUCGUGACCACCUCGAAAAUGACCUUCGGGCUUUCUUCGCCUCCAAGUUGCCGGAGUUCUACGCCAAAGGAAUCCGUGAUAUUAGGAGACGUUGGCAGAAGGUUGUCGACGUUGAUGGAGAUUAUUCCAUCGAAUAA